GAGACCUUCACUCAGGAGCAAGUGCAGAAGAAAGCCCACUUGGCUUCGGUUUGAGGUCAUUUGGCUCCUGUAUGCGUCCGGAUCCGGGAAGUUUUUCUUGACCAUCCGCGACCUGACGAGCUGACGAUGGAGGCUCUGAAGUUUGGGGCUGUGCUGUUGGUGGUCGUGUUCGUGCAGGUGUUCGGCGCGCUGGGGACCCCGCUCUCCAGCGAGGAGGAGGACGGGGAGAUCUGGACUGUGCAGAACUGGCAGGGCUACCCACUAGAGCCAGGAAUAACCAUCAGGCUGGCAGACCUCAUCAAGCGGUCCAAAGCUCAGCAGUUCCACGGCCUGAUGGGGAGAAGCUCAGGUGCUUUUCAACCUGUGAGACUGGGGAGGAAGAGAAAUAGAGGGGAGAUGUUUGUUGGACUCAUGGGCAGAAGGAGUUUAGGUGGAGAUAUUGAAGAGGAGUGGAAAUCUGACUCUUAUUAAAGAUGAAAAUGGAAACCAAAAAAUCACCCUAACCAUAACUGCGGCUGUGGUUCCACCAUAAUGUCCAAGGCUGUCCUACACUGUUGACCAACGGGACCUAGAUGCUCACACACUCUGACCAGGACAGAUGUUCUAAUCACCUCCACCCGCAAUUAACUCAAGUUGAAUAAAGCUGAGAUCAUCGCCCACCCAUCACUGCUGAGCUGUAAUCUAUGUUGUUAUCGAUAAUAUUUAGUCAUAUUUAAAACUAUGUACAUGUAAACCUUGUCUUUUAAGGGCCUUUGCCUAUUUCACGCUGAGUCAAUUAAAGCUGAUUACAUUA